CGUGUCCGGGCGCGGUGCCCUUGGAGCGGACAUGGCGCUGGCGCUGCUGCGGGCGCGGCCCCGCGGGGCCGCCAUCGCUCUCCUGGGCUCGGCCCUGCUCCGCCGCCCCGCCGCGCUCGGUGCCGCCGCCGCCCGCUGCGCUCCGCUCCGCGACAGCCACGGCCCACCCGCCCAGGGAAAAGGCGGUUCCAAGGCUGCAUCUUUGCACUGGACAGGGGAGCGAGCGGUCAGUGUGCUGCUGCUGGGSCUGCUCCCUGCAGCCUACCUGUACCCUGGACCAGCCGUGGACUAUUCCCUGGCUGCAGCCCUCACCCUGCACGGCCACUGGGGUCUGGGCCAGGUCAUAACCGAUUACGUGCACGGAGACACCCCUGUCAAAGUGGCCACCGUGGGGCUCUACAUCCUGUCUGCCCUCACCUUCGGCGGCCUCUGCCACUUCAACGCGCACGACGUGGGCAUCUGCAAAGCUGUGGCCAUGCUCUGGAGCCUCUGAGUGUCCCCAGCCCCUGACACACACGAUUGUCCUCUGCUGCCUCCGCUUCAUCAGCAGUGCACAACCCAGGAACAGCCCAGGGUCCCUAGGGAGGGCAGCUKCAGGGAGCUCUGAGCUAGUUUAGAAUGUAAAUAGAGAAAAAAAAAAUAGAUUCAAACUGGAAAAUGCUC